UGUUGUUCUGUUAUUCUGUCAAGUCCAAGUGUUUCGUUGAGGUUAUAUUAAAGUAUACUAUUUAUAUAAUAAUUAUUGUAAUACUAUUUUUUAAGAUCUAGCUUUUAAUUAAUUUACAAAAUGUCUAAAAAAAUUGAAACCGUCAACUGGCGAGCAGUAGCUUUAGACGGCUUUCCAAUUAAUAAAUUGGAUGGGUUCGUUGGCUUAGAAGAAUGUACUGAUUAUGGAACCGAAAAAUAUAAUAAAUUAAAUAAAAAAAAAAAGAGACAAAAGCCAAAAAACGAAAAGGUUUCAAAAAGUAUAAGUAAUUAUAAAAAAGAAAAGAAAAUGAUUAAUAAUAAGAAACUUGAAGUUAGUAAUGGUUUCAUUGUAGAAGAAUGUACAAAAGUGACCCCAUCUCUAUCAAAUGACGAUUUUGAAAGUAAAAAGAGUAAGCAGAACAGGAUUGGUAAAGAAGACUUAGAUGAGAAAGUAAGCAGCAAGGUAGAGAAACGAAAGCUCGGUGAAAACAUAUUGGAGUCUCAAAGCACACUGACUCCUGAAGAUAUGUUGUCAUGGGCAGAAUUUAAAUUACAGGAGGAAAUUAUAAAAGCAUUAAUGGAAUUGGGAUUUAAACAGCCUACCAAAAUACAACAGCUGUCACUACCUGCUGCCAUUCAUGGUCGAAGAGAUAUACUAGGUGCUGCUGAGACUGGCAGUGGUAAGACGCUAGCUUUUGGCCUUCCGAUCAUCUCAGGUAUAAUGAAGCUCAAAGAAAAAGCAGACACUAAGAAUCUGGAUGUUUAUGAAAUUCCAUACAAAAAGACGUCAGUUAAAAGAAAAGUUGCUAAAGAGGAGGAUAAUAAACGAGUUAAUAUUAAACGAAGGAAAGUAAGAAAUAAAAAAGUAGUAACGGAAUCUUCUGAAGAGGGUUACAGCAGUGGACAUGAGAGUGAUGAUGAUAUAACUGACAAUGAUAAGAUCAAUGAAUCAGAUGAUAAAAAUAAAGUUUCUGAUCGUAAUAAUACAGGUGAAGAUUUUAUUGAGGAAAUAGAUGUACCGUUCAAAAAGCAAAAGGAUUUGAAAGACGAGGAUGAUGACAGUGAUAGUGGUCAUAUUUAUCUUUCUGAAAUGUUAGAUUCUGAUGAUUUAGCAUCAAGUGACGAAAGUACAUCAGGUCAGAAUCGAAAUGUAAAUGACGAUGAUAACUGUGAUGAACAAGAAACCGAUAUGGCUGAAAAUGAAGCAGGAAUUGGCUGUGUUAAAGUGAUAGAUGAUGUAGAGUUUCCCGGACAUGUCAAAGUGAAAACUGGGAAGCCUUUGUAUGCAUUGAUUUUGACGCCCACCAGGGAGUUGGCGGUGCAAAUAAGCAGACAUUUGAUGGCUGUCGCUAAGUAUACAGGUAUAAGAGUUGCUACGAUCGUCGGAGGGAUGGCAGCUGUGAAACAGGAGAGGGUGCUGAGAUCCGGUCCCGAGAUAGUGGUGGCCACACCAGGACGUCUGUGGGAGUUGGUGAAUCAAGGAGAGCCACAUUUACAGCAGCUGCCUUAUGUAAAGUUCCUAGCAAUAGAUGAAACCGAUCGCAUGGUGGAACGUGGUCAUUUCGAAGAGUUGGAGCCUCUGCUAGAAAGACUUAACUUAGACGAAGUUCACAUGAGUUCCAGACAGAACUUCGUUUUCUCUGCCACUCUUACCAUGGUACACGACUUGCCCGCGCACAUGAGAGGGAAAAAGGUAUAUGUUAUUGAGACGCCUAAUAAGGGUUGA